AUGAAAUAUUCGUUCUUAUUCUUCGGAGUGCAGUUGACUCUUCUUAUUUAUGCAGCAUUUGGUCAAACAACAACUGAACCGAUCAAAUGUUUACCAAAUGAAAAGCAAUGUGGUUCGAAAUGUUAUUUACCUGACACGCAUAAAUGUAACUCUGGUUUUGUAUGUCGAAAAGAAGAAGGUUGGUGCGGAAAGACAUGUUUCAAUCCAGCAACGGAAAAGUGUAUCUGGGGCUUAGUUUGCACCAAAUCGCAAAUAUGGUGUAAUAAAAAAUGUAUUGAGUCAACUAAUGGAAAGUGUCGUUGA